AUGCAUCUGGAUAGCUGCCUCCUUUGGCAAAGUGUGACUGAGCUAAUCACCUGUACAGAUACAUCUGGACAACUGCUUCCUCGAAAAUCUGACUCCGCUGCCCAGCUUGUCAGAUACAUCUGCCGCCGGGCUGCCAUGUGUCUGCCAGCUGCCACCUUGACAGGCCAGAUACAUCUGGGCCCAGAUGCAUAUGAGCAGCCGCCUCAAGGUUUGGAUUGCGUCAGAUGCAUCUGGCCAGCUGCUCAUCCGCUGCCCAGCUUGUCAGAUACAUCUGCUGCCACCUUGACAGGUCAGAUACAUCUGGGCCCAGAUGCAUAUGAGCAGCCGCCUCAAGGUUUGGAUUGUGUCAGAUGCAUCUGGCCAGCUGCUCACCUACAUCAAUUUGAAAACACAAGAGCAACACUAGAUAACAUAGGAAUACAGAUACAUCUGGCGAUAAAACAAUACAAUCAUAUCAAAAUAUGCAUCCGGCAUCAUGCACACGACUGA